GGAGGUGCAGAAAGCUGUGAACACCGCCCAGGGGCUCUUCCAGAGGUGGACAGAGCUCCUGCAAGAUCCCUCCAUCGCCACAAGAGAAGAAAUCGACUGGACCACUAAUGAGCUCAGGAAUAACCUACGGAGCAUCGAGUGGGACCUGGAAGACUUGGAUGAAACGAUUAAUAUCCUUUCUGCAAACCCGCGGAAAUUCAACCUCGAUGCGACGGAGCUGGGUAUCAGGAAAGCCUUCAUCACGAGCACGCGGCAGGUGGUCAGGGAAAUGAAGGAUCAGAUGUCAAACUCCUCCAUGCAAGCACUGGCUGAAAGAAAAAACAGACAGGCGCUCCUGGGAGAAAGCGGGAGUCAGAGUUGGAGCUCUGGACCUGACAAAUACAGCCGCCUGGACCGGGAGCUGCAAUUAGCAAAUUCACACUUCAUUGAGGAGCAGCAAGCUCAACAACAGUUGAUUGUGGAGCAGCAAGAUGAGCAGUUGGAGCUGGUCUCUGGCAGCAUCGGGGUGCUGAAGAACAUGUCCCAGCGCAUUGGCGGGGAGCUGGAGGAGCAAGCAGUGAUGCUGGACGACUUCUCCCACGAGUUAGACAGCACUCAGUCACGGCUUGAUAACGUCAUGAAGAAGCUCGCCAAAGUGUCUCACAUGACGAGCGAUCGACGGCAGUGGUGUGCAAUUAUUGUCCUCUUCGUCAUCUUGCUGGUGGUGCUCAUCCUGUUUUUCGUCCUGUGAUGGACUGAACUUCCUCGGACGCCCCCUCCCCGCCCCCUCGCCCCUGUAGCACAGGGAAACGAAACUCUCGCCGUUUCCGUCCGCCCACAGAGAUCCCCAGCAAGAAAACCCACACCCAGCUCUCAC